GCGGAGACUGCCCCGCGACUACAACUGCAGCGUUCCGCGCGGGAAGGCUAACGUCGUCCUGUGUGUGGAGUGGCGUUGGUCCAGCCGUCGGCCUUUCACCCGUCUUCAGGCCAUCAGUCUUUCUUUUAGUCAAGAUGAGUGAUAAGCCAGAUUUGUCUGAAGUGGAGAAGUUUGACAGGUCAAAACUGAAGAAAACUAAUACUAAAGAAAAAAAUACUCUUCCCUCAAAGGAAACUAUCCAGCAGGAGAAAGAGUGUGUUCAAACUUCAUAAGAUGGGAAUCUCCUCCCACAAGCAGUUUUCAACAAUGCCUGAGUGUCUCAGUUUGGGGCUUUUUUUUUUUUGUAAACCUAUGUGCUUGUAGAGAUUUUAGGCACCUUCUAAUGCUUCACACCCAUACUCCCUGGCUAAGAUGUCAGGAGUAGCCAGUGUUCCCUUAUGUUCAUUUUGUAAACUUUCCAUUGAUGCAUAAACUCCAGCUGGCAGAUGUUGUCCAUAAUCCCACCAUUGAUGACCUUUGUGUGUGAUGUUCUUCUACCCCCUACAGGAUAAGCUACUUUUCACCUUCUACAAUGGGUGUCUCCAUUGCUCCAUAAUCUUCAUGAAGGGACAUGGGUUUGCAGAUUUUCAGUUUAUUUUCAUUUCUAAUGUGGCAAUAAAAUAAUAAAUCACAUCAAUACA